AUGAAUGCGGAGAGGUUUGCAGCUCUAAGGGAGGAGGUCGACAAGCUAAUAAAGAACGACUUCAUCUGGGAAGUCCUAUACCCCGCGUGGGUAUCAAACCCUAUGUUAGUGUUGAAGCCCAAUGAGAAGUGGCGGACCUACGUCGACUUCAGUAAUUUAAACAAAGCCUGCCCGAAGGACAACUUUCCACUCCCGAGUAUAGAUCAGCUGGUCGACGCUACAGCAGGGCAUGAACUCCUCAGUUUCAUGGACGCCUAUUCUAUUUACAACCAAAUACCGAUGUUCCACCACGACGAAGAACACACAUCUUUCAUCACUGAUAGGGGCCUGUAUUGCUACAAGGUCAUGCCCUUUGGCCUUAAAAAUGCGGGAGCAACAUAUCAGCGCCUGGUCAAUAAGAUGUUCACGGACCAGAUAGGUAAAACCAUGGAGGUAUAUGUGGACGACAUGCUAGUGAAGAGCAGGAGGUCUAAUGAUCAUGUGGAAGACCUUAGGGGAAUGUUCGACGUAUUGCAAAAGCCCGACGCCUCUGGGAGACUUCUUAAGUGGUCCAUAGAGCUCAGCCAGUUCGACAUCGACUACAAUCCUGGCCAAUCCUUGGCCGACUUUGUCACCGAGUUCAUAGGAUUGCCAGAUGAAGCGGAGGGCCACGAGAUAACCUCAGCCGUUAGAUUCGAGUUCCCCGUAUCUAACAAUGAAGCAGAGUACGAGGUGCUGCUGGCAGAGCACCUAAAAGUGGGAGCCAUAGACAUCUUCAGCGAUUCACAGUUAAUUGUGAAUCAGGUAAAAGGCCAGUAUCAGACCAGGGAUGAGAAGAUGGCUGCCUAUCUCAAGAAGGUUAAAGAGACCUUGGAGAAGCUCUCAGCCUACGACAUACAGCAGGUGCCAAGGGUAGAAAAUAGCAACGCCGACGCCCUCGCUAGGCUGGCCACCUCAAAGGACGCCGAGCUGCUCAGGCUAGUACCCGUGGAGGUUUUGAAAGCUCCAUCCACUAAGGGAAAGCCUGAAGUCUUAUCACUGAGCCACCAACCGAGCUGGAAGGACCCCAUCGUCAAGUAUUUGCUCGACAGCGGACUCCCGGAGGACAAGCAACAUGCAAAGAGGUUGAGGUACCAGGCAUCGAGAUUCACCAUGCAUGACGAUAUCCUUUAUCGCAAGGGGUUCUCGAUGCCCUUGCUCCGAUGUCGUGAUGAAGUGGAAGCGAAGAAUGUGCUCUCAGAGGUACACGAUGGGAUAUGUGGAAACCACGCAGGGGGACAAUCCCUGGCCUAUAAGGUGCUGAGGCAUGGGUAUUACUGGCUUAGCCUCAAGAAGGACGCAGCCGAGUAUGCAAAGAAAUGUGAAGGCUGCCAAAGGUACGCCCCCAUCCCUCGGCAACAUUCAGAGGACCUAACGUCGAUAGCCUCCCCUUGGCCAUUUGCAAAAUGGGGGAUUGAUCUCAUCGGCCCAUUGCAUAAGACCCCUGGGGGAUACAAGUACGCGAUUGUAACGGUCGACUACUUCACAAAGUGGUCCAAGGGACAAGUCGAGGCGGUCAAUAAGAUUAUCAAAGUCACGCUGAAGCGUCGACUCGAUAACUACAAGGGCAAGUGGGCAGAUGAGCUACCAAAGGUCUUGUGGGCCUACAGGAUGACCAGUAUGACGACCACAGGGGAAACACCGUUCUCAAUGGCUUACGGGGUGGAAGCGGUCCUCCCGGUCAAGAUAUCCAUCCCCACCAGCCGAGUGAUACUGUAUGAAGAAGAUAAGAACGCUGAGCGAAUGGGCUUAGAGCUCGACCUUCUAGAAGAAAUGCGCACGGACGCACAACUAAGGCUCGCCUCGUACCAAGCCAGGACAGCCAGGUACUACAACAAAAAGGUCAAACAUAAGCGGUUUUAA